UUUUUAAGAAAAGAAUUUCGACAUGAAGGUGCCUUAACUGACCUUGACAAAUAUAGUAGGCACCCAAUAAAUAAAACUUAGAGGAAUAAAUAUCAGCCUAAUUGUUCAUUAAGCAGUUCUGGGUGCUGUCCCUGCCUAUUCCACAGGAGGUCGUGAAGAUGUGAGAAGUACUUCUCCUUUGCCCAUGUAACAGGUGAGGAAACUGAGGUUCAGAGCAGUGACACCAUGUCACUUCCCAGGAUCACAGAGUUAAGCCCCUUAGCCCAUACCUGUCAGGUGACUUGUUAGAAAUGAGUCUUGUGGAAGAAAAAUUACCAGAUCCAUGGAGACUUGAAUUAAGAUCUUUUUCUUUCAGGGCUGGGUAUGCCUUUAAUCCCAGCACUAAGGAGGCAGAGGACAUGGGAGGCCUGAAGAGGAAGCACUCUGAUUUGGAAGAGGAGGAGGAGGAAGAUGGAAAGUGGGAGUGGAACCCUGCAGGUCUUCGAAGCUAUCAGCAAGCCCUGCUCCGAAUCUCUCUGGACAAAGUCCAGCGCAGCCUUGGCCCCAGAGCACCCAGCCUCCGCAGGCAUGUCCUUAUCCACAAUACACUGCAGCAGCUCCAGGCUGCCAUUCGUCUGGCUCCGGCACCUGCCCCACCCUUGGAACCUCUCUUCCUAGGCGAAGAAGAUUUCUCCCUGUCUGCCACCAUUGGCUCUAUCCUCAGGGAGCUCGAUACAUCCAUGGAUGAGACAGAACCACCUCCGAAUCCAGUGGCUUCCCCAGGUCUCCAGGAUGAAGUGAUGCCCCAGGCGGAUCCUGUCUUCUUAGAAGCUCUGAGCUCCCGGUACCUGGGGGACUCUGGCUUGGAUGACUUCUUUCUAGACAUUGACACAUCUGCAGUGGAGAAGGAAUCUACCCUGGUACCCCCAGAGCCUCCUCACAGCCUCUUCUGUGCCCCAGGGUCCUGGGAGUGGAAUGAAUUGGACCAUAUCAUGGAAAUCAUCCUGGGGUCCUAAGACCCCCCACAUCAGCCUCCGUGGGCUGGGUCCUUGGAAGUGACUUCUGUGUGUGUGUUUGGAGGCCCUAAACUGACUGUGGCCUCCUUUCCCCCCAUUUCAGGGUUCCACAAACUGUCGAGCAUGUGUGCGUGUCUGGUUACCCCAGCCUUCUGUGAAGGUGGGUCUUCCUGAAUUAAUUUAUCUCUUCCAAAGGCCUUAAUGAGACUUUGUUUUGAGGAGUCCAAUUGCUCACACAGUUCUUCUGCCUCUAGUUCCCACUACCCUUGUCACCACAAGGGCCUCAGGGUAGAUAAAGCUGGGUCUGUCAGAGGGUGAUGGGUGGGCUGCCUGGUUGCUCUGGGAACCCAGGCUCUACCUCCUGAGGUAGUAGGAGGGGCUGGUCUCCUCUCUAGGCUGAACCCCACUUCCUUGGCAAGAACCCCAGUCCCAGCAGCCUCCUGAUUCAUAACCAGGCCGGACCACGUGCAAUAGGUGGAAAUCAACCUGCUUCAUGCCACAUUAUUUAAAAAGAAAGGGUUUGUAGUGGCUUUUUUUAAAUUGUUUUUCUUUUUUUAAUAAAAGUAUUUUGAAA